CUGAAGCAGUUUUAAAAAGGAAAUCAGAAUAUGUUUUAACCCAACAAUUUUAUGGAAUUGAAAAGCUGUUAAUGUCUUCCGCCAGUGUAGUUAUAAGUGGAGGGGCAGGAGAAGGUAAAACCUAUGCUGCAUAUGAACUUAUGCGUCGAAACGGACAAGAGAACAAUUGUAUACAGAUACAUAGUCCCGAUGACGUACGAUUUGUCGACCCACGUGUGUUGGAUUUCGUAUUUAUUGAUGAUAUUUUUGGCAACAAUGAGGUCGACGAAAGUAAAUUGCAGUCAUGGUUACAAGUUAUGGAACAAUUACAGCAACUUGUAAAUGCAAAAGCAAUUCAUUUGAUAAUUGCAACACGACAAAUCGUUCAUCAAGAAUGCAGAAAGAAUUUAGUAAAAUUCUCAAUUUUCAAAAACAACUUCUCAUUAUCCUCAAAAAAUUUGAGUCAUGAAGAAAAAAAAGAAAUACUUAGAUCAGCUUUGUUCAAUAAAAACAAAGAUUGCAGUAGUGAAGAUAUUCAACAGUGUGUUAUGACUUUCAGUUCAGAUCUCGGAUUUCCUUAUACAUGCGUUUUGUUUGCAUCUGAUGAUAGUUUUUUCUGUAAGGGGGCGUCCUUUUUUAAGCAUAACCCAUUUUUGAAUUUUGGAGUUUUAAGAACAUUGAAUAACUGUAAAAAGCUCUCUCUACUCUUCCUUUGGAUUCAAGACGGAACUUUUCCAGUUGCUUUGAAUCGAGGAAAAGAAAACGAUGAAGUUCUUAUGAAAUUAUCCCGAAUGCUAAAUUACGAACAUGCAAUAGAUGUAUUAUAUGAUCAAGUCAAUGAACAUUGUAAAAUUAUGUAUGGAGUUUUUGUAAAUGCUGGAUCAUGCGGGUAUCAGUUUACACACAAUACGGUUUAUCAGUCCAUUGGUCAUUAUUUUGCCCGGAUAGGACACUACGAUUUGAUUUUAGAAUAUUGUAAUUUAGGUUUCUUUAUGGAAUGUAUUUCAGUAACAGAAGAUCAUUAUGAAUCUGAUCGAGUUUUUAUACGAAGUAACUUUUACCAGAAUUUAGUUGACAGAAUAAUAAUUGAAGUAAUUGACAGAAACCAUUACCGUGAAAUUGCAAUGCAUCCUUGCUUAACAAAUGAAAUACUUGAAAUAUUAGUUAAAACGUUGAAGAAGAAGAAAAAGCUUCAAGAUUUUUUCUUCUCUGGCAUAUGUUCCAGUUCGUUAUCCACCAAUUAUUCUAUCAGCAGCACAUUUCUUUCCUUCUAUUUAGAAACGGGUGCAGCAAAGUCAUGUUCAUUUUUAAAACAGUUACAGGAUCAAUUAAAGUGUAGCAAACGAUCACAUAAAAGUAAAUGCAAAAUAUGCUACCUGUACACAGAAGCGUAUCACAGUGCAUGUCGAGGGGGAAAUAUUGAGGCUCUCAAGUUACUUGCUUUUGCAAAAUACGAUAGUUCUAUUUUGAUUGAUGCUGCAUACAGUGGGAGUAUAUCCAUGUAUAAAUACAUUCAUCAGCUGUUAGGCCCGGUCAAACAUGAAUGGCAUGAAACAGAAGCAUUAUUUAUCGCGGUUGAACAACAAGAGUCUGAGAUGUAUACUGUUAUUCGAAAUUUAGGAUGUAGACCAGACUCUAAAUGUUUGUUGAUAGCAUCCGAAGCAAAAAACAGUAAUUUUCUUGUAAAAAUUAUAAUUGACAUGUACGAUUCGCAUGCAUUGAAUGAAGAUAAAAACGUAAAAUAUGCGCAGAGCUCGUUAUUUUGCAUGGAUGUUUUAGAAACCUUUAUCAGUGUCGGAAUGUGCCCGACUAAGGAGGAUAUUGUUCGCUCAAUGUCAUUGGAUAUGAAAGCUGUAGAGUCGAUUUUGUGGGAUUUGAAAUACAAAGUAAAAGAAAAGGAACACUAUAUCAAUGAAAAUAUAAUAGAACUAUGGAAAAAUGUGACUGAAGACCAAGACCUAACGAAAAAGCUGGAAGAGAUUGGUCUUCUUCAUACAUAUUCUUACCUUGAACAACAAGUAAUGAAAGAAAAUUUCAAAAAGGUAGAACACAUAAUCCAGCAUUUAAAACGGAAAGGAGAUUGGAACGAAAAAAGUUUGCUUGCUUGUAAUUUGCUCAACCUUUGUCUUCCAGAGAGAAAAAGUGCGUUUGAAUAUCUACUUAAUCUCGGGUUUAUUCCGAAUUAUACCACAUUGUUAAAGUCAGUUGCAACGGAAGAUAAAAGUAUAAUGGAAAUGACUUUAGGUAAAAUGAAAGCAGCUGAAGAAUUUGACCCUUUGCAUAAAGGAUCAAAACAAGCUUUGUUACAGUCGACUUUGACCUGUGACAUAUAUAACAGUUUGAUAGAUGAGGGAAUGGAUCCAAAAGCCUACCAUUUCCUUUAUGUAGUAGAGUGUGACAGAAAUACUGAAACAAAAGUUAAAAUAAUCAAUAACUUGUAUUCGAUGGUUGAAAAACGCAAUUGCCUCCAUAAAUUAGACGAGAAAAUAAUGCAACUGGCUCUACUGGGAGCUUUCGAUGAUAUCGAUGUUUACACAUGUUUGUGGAAAAAGCCAUUUAAACUUCAGUCGAGUGUUUUACCGGCAAUAAUAUCUCGGGGAAGUGUUUCACAGGUAGAACGCUUAAUAUCAAACUUGAAAGAUCAAGAGGACUGGCCACCAUUAUUUGAGUUCACAAAGUUGUCUUUAGAAAGUUCUUUUUACAUGCCCAACAUUUUUGAGAUGUUAAUGACAGAAAUUUCUGUUGAGAACACCGAGGACCAAAAUAAGAUUUUAACUUUCCAAAUUUUGCUUGAAUGCAGGAUGAAUUCAUUUCAUAAAAUUGAGGAGUACAUUUCAAAAAUGAAAAGAAAUAACUUAUGGGACCCAAAUAAUGUCAUUUUGAAAUGUUCACUUUUUGAAAGCAGUCAUGAUCAUGCAACAUGUACAUUAUUUAACGACAAUGGGGUCAUAGCAGAUGAUAUAUUGCAUACCGCAUAUGAAACAGGAAACUUAGAGAUGCAGUCAUACAUAAUAGCUUAUCUAGGUAGAAAGGGACAACAGAUCAAUUUAAAUCAUUUUAAUGAAGACAUAAUUAAAACUCUUUCGUCUGUCCCAAAUCUUUGUUCUGGACAUAUGUUACAUAGAGCUGUUGAGGUGUCUGAUAUUGAAGUCGUUCUGAAAGUUUUAAAUACACUGAACACUACGGAUCCACAUUUCAUAAAAUCAGAGUUUGCAUCGGACGUAUUAGAACUUAGUUCUGAAAGGCUUGAUAUCUAUAAAAGCCUUUUUGAGAAAGGUUUUAUUCCGACUAUAAAAUGCCUUCUGAACGUUGUUAAACAUGGUUCAUAUACAUUAUUCUAUGAUACAAUGAAAUCUUUAGAUGAUUUGAACAAACUUAUUUUGACAGAUGAAUUCAAAAGAGAAUUAGUUCAAGAGUCAAUCAAGAGAGAUACGGCGCGCUUUUACCUCUCUCUUACAGAGUAUGGGAUAAAGGCACAUUUCGAGGACUUAAUGUUAGCAUGUUAUUCAAAGAAUCUAUCUGUUUGCCAUCUUUUAGUAAAUGACAUUGAAAGAGACAUAUUAGAGAAAUGUCCCGAUGGUACUGAUGUCGUUAUAUCACAAAUGUUUCCUUUGUACAAACAAAUGUGUGAAAACAGGCUACAAAUUACACCUCCAACCCUACUCAAAUUGACACAUUUAUAUCUUAAAGGACAAAUUAGUUAUACCAAUAUCGUAACAUUAAUGAAAGAUUACUUUUCCUGUAAAAUUUGGUCAUUCAAGGAUGAUAGUUUAUCUAAAGUAUAUGAGCUUUCAAAAGGAAAUAAAGACCUUUUUUCCAUUCUUAACGUUUAUUAUAAAUCCGAAAUUGAAUCUCAUAUUCUUGAAGCUUUGAUACAAGGAGACGAAAAAUCAAUAAACGAGUAUUUGAAGCAGAACUCGGAUGAUGCAAAGCGAGUUUUACCAGGUGUGAUAAGAAAAGCAUUGAUAACUAGGGAAGAAUUAGACAUGAGGUGUACACAACUAAUAUUGAAAUGGAUAGAAAACUCUCACUCUGAUCCUAGCUUGAGAAUUCUUUCUUCUGUAUUAUAUUCAGAUACAGAGAACACACUUGAAAUUCUCUAUGAAAUGUCAGAACAAACGAAAGCUUCUCUAGAUAAUGAUGUUUUACAAACUGCUCUUGAAGAGGCUAUCUAUAAUAAGAAAACAGAACUUGAUAAAUUUAAAGCUCUUUUGGAAAAAUGCAAAAUAUGUGAUACAGAGCUUUUAUUUGAAGCUGUUCUCUGCAAGAAUGAACAUAUAUUCCAACUUGUUAAAGAAAAUUUGAUAAAACACAACCAAUGGGAUUUUAGCUUGCAGGAAUACUGGAUCGCCUCUGCAUUUAUUGAGGCUGAAGACAAUCCCUUAAUUAAGUGUCAGUUUGAGUCAUACUACGAUGACACCGUUACUGGACAUGGCACUAAAAUAUAUGAUCAACUGAUAUACUCAGAAGACGAGGAACAUGAUGAUGAGGAUAAGGAUCAUGAUGACAAUAAAUCUGAAAAUGAAUAUGAUAAUUUAGACAGUUUUAUAUUCCGCGAAAAAUCAUACUUGUCGUUGAAACAUAUUCAACGGGACAAUUUCUAG